AUGGGGAAAGCGGACAAGUACGAGAUGUACUCAGUAGAGAUGGGAAAACAGUCCGACGGGGACAUGGACGUAAAGAUCAAGAAGAAAAAGAAAGGGGAGCAGAAGAAAGAGAAGCUGGAGAGCAUGAAGAAAGAGAUGGAUGUGGAUGAUCACCAGUUGUCUCUGGAAGACCUGGAGUUGAAGUACCGGACCAAUACUACCAAGUGCGGACAAGGGGAUCUCACCAGCGCCGACAACGGGAUCUGCCUCAUUGCCUUUGGCAUCCAGUGCGGACAAGGGGAUCUCACCAGCGCCGACAACCUGUAUUUGGCUGUCGCCCUCAUCGCGGUGGUGGUUGUGACUGGCUGCUUUGGUUACUACCAGGAAUUCAAAAGCACCAACAUCAUUGCAAGCUUUAAGAACCUUGUGCCACAGCAAGCCACGGUGAUUCGAGACGGGGACAAGUUCCAGAUAAACGCCAAUCAGCUGGUGGUGGGCGACCUAGUGGAGAUCAAAGGGGGAGACCGAGUUCCAGCAGACAUCAGGAUCAUCACUGGGCAAGGAUGCAAGGUGGAUAAUUCCUCUUUGACAGGGGAAUCGGAGCCCCAGACCAGAUCCCCGGAGUGCACGCACGAGAGCCCCCUGGAAACCAGGAACAUUGCCUUCUUCUCCACUAUGUGCCUGGAAGGCACGGCCACUGGUAUUAUAAUCAACACUGGAGACCGCACGAUCAUUGGGCGCAUCGCCAGCCUGGCCUCGGGUGUGGAGAACGAGAAAACGCCCAUCGCCAUUGAGAUCGAGCACUUUGUCGACAUCAUCGCCGGCCUGGCCAUCUUCUUCGGUGCCACCUUUUUUGUCGUUGCUAUGGUGAUCGGUUAUCCCUUCCUCAAGGCCAUGGUCUUCUUCAUGGCCAUUGUGGUAGCUUAUGUCCCUGAAGGUCUGCUCGCAACUGUGACCGUCUGUCUUUCCCUCACAGCCAAACGCCUGGCCCGGAAAAACUGCGUGGUAAAGAACUUGGAAGCCGUAGAGACUCUCGGUUCCACGUCUGUCAUUUGCUCAGACAAAACGGGGACCCUCACCCAGAACCGCAUGACGGUCUCCCACCUUUGGUUUGACAAUCAGAUCCACACCGCCGAUACCACAGAGGACCAGUCAGGUCAGACUUUUGAUCAGUCGUCCGAGACAUGGAGAGCUCUGUGCAAGGUGGUCAGCCUCUGCAACCGUGCUUUUUUCAAGUCCGGCCAGGACAGCGUACCUGUGCCAAAGCGGAUUGUGAUUGGAGAUGCCUCGGAGACAGCCCUGUUGAAGUUCUCCGAGAUCACCCUGGGCAACGUGAUGGAGUACCGGGAGCGCUUCAAAAAAGCCUGCGAGAUCCCCUUCAACUCCACCAACAAGUUCCAGCUGUCCGUCCACGAGCUGGAUGACCCCCGGGACCAGCGCUACCUGCUGGUGAUGAAGGGAGCUCCCGAACGCAUCCUGGAGCGCUGCUCCACCAUCAUGAUCAAGGGCCAGGAGUUGCCUCUGGAUGAGCAGUGGAAGGAGGCCUUCCAGACGGCUUACAUGGAUCUAGGAGGCCUGGGCGAGCGUGUCCUUGGCUUCUGUCACCUGUAUCUUCCCCAGAGUGAGUUUCCACGUGGUUAUAACUUUGACGGUGAAGAGAUGAACUUCCCCACCAGCGGGCUUUGCUUCGCAGGCCUCAUCUCCAUGAUAGAUCCGCCAAGAGCCACCGUUCCUGACGCCGUCAUGAAGUGUCGCACCGCAGGUAUCCGGGUGAUCAUGGUAACUGGGGACCAUCCCAUCACGGCCAAGGCCAUCGCUGCCAGCGUGGGCAUCAUCUCGGAAGGCAGCGAAACUGUUGAAGACAUCGCCACCCGCUUGCGCAUCCCCGUGGAGCAGGUCAACAAGCGGGAUGCCCGGGCCUGUGUAGUGAAUGGGGGCCAGCUGAAAGACAUGGAGACGGAAGAGUUGGUGGAGAUCCUGAAGAUGCACCCGGAGAUGGUCUUUGCUCGCACUUCUCCCCAACAGAAGCUCAUCAUUGUGGAAAGCUGCCAGAAGCUGGGUGCAAUUGUGGCAGUAACGGGAGACGGAGUGAAUGACUCCCCUGCGCUGAAGAAGGCUGAUAUCGGCGUGGCCAUGGGCAUUGCUGGAUCCGAUGCAGCCAAGAAUGCUGCCGACAUGAUCUUGCUGGAUGACAAUUUCGCCUCCAUUGUCACGGGCGUUGAACAAGGGCGCCUGAUCUUUGACAACCUCAAAAAAUCCAUUGCCUACACCCUCACCAAGAACAUCCCCGAGCUGACCCCAUACCUGAUUUACAUCACAGUCAGCGUCCCUCUUCCCCUCGGCUGCAUCACCAUCCUCUUCAUCGAAUUGUGCACAGACAUUGUGAGUGGAGCGAUCCAGUCAUUUGCGGGGUUCACCGACUACCUCACUGCCAUGGCCCAGGAGGGCUGGUACCCACUGAAGUGUGUGGGCCUUCGGGCCGACUGGGAGAACGACCAUCUCCAGGAUCUCCAGGAUAGCUACGGGCAAGAGUGGACCUUUGGGCAGCGCCUCUACCAGGAAUAUACCUGCUACACCGUCUUCUUCAUCAGCAUUGAGAUGUGUCAGAUUGCUGACGUGCUCAUCCGCAAGACACGGCGUCUCUCCGUCUUCCAGCAGGGGUUCUUCCGAAACAAAGUUCUGGUGAUCGCCAUCGUCUUCCAGCUCUGCCUAGGCUGCUUCCUCUGCUACUGCCCCGGGAUGCCCAACAUAUUCAACUUCAUGCCCAUACGAUUCCAGUGGUGGCUCGUGCCACUUCCCUACGGCCUCCUCAUCUUUGUCUAUGACGAGAUCCGAAAGCUGGGAGUACGGAGGCACCCGGGAAGUUGGUGGGACAAAGAACUCUACUAUUAA